UCUCAGCAAGUCUGCGCGAGUCUGCCUCACGUAGUGCUUGCUCUGUUUCAGAGAUGACUUGACAUGGGAAAGCAAGGCAAACUCCCUGAGAGCCAACAUAAAGAAUGGCAUCAGAGACCGCCGGUGAAUCCUCCCGUGUCAUCGAGGUCUUCGGGAUUCACUCAUGUAAGAUUUGAUUCCAGCGAGACCAAGAACCCGAGUUAUGAGCUAAAGAAACUCCGAAGAGGACCCGAGGAGCAACGGCAGCCAGCAGUGCUAACACUGGAAGAGCAGCCACAGCACUUCAACACCAUCCGCAUCCCAGAAAUGACGAUGACGUCUCCAUUUCUGCAGCACCCGAGCUUGACGCCAGGACAAAGGCACUAUUUGUACACUGUGGCCGAAGCCUACAGCAAGGAUCACGUGCGAAAGCUGAUAUGCCAACAUUACCUGAACGUGUUACACAGAUCCAUCAGGACAGGUGUCAGUCACGCCAAGGACAUGACUUUCAGCAUCGACCCACAGCUAAGAACGUAUUCACCAGACGUGGAGAGCAGCCCAAAGCCACAGAACAAGAGUUCUAAUGGACAGAGGCCAAAGGCAACGAGCAAAAAGAGACUUGUUCUACCUAAAAUCAACAGUCACAGGAAAAGAUUUCCUCCAGAAUCGAAUGCAAGAAAAUCAAAACCUCCAGUGAGAAAGAGCUACAAUGCUUCAGGACUCGUCCACUGGAAAGCAGAAGAGGACUCCAUGCUUUCCGACAUCAGCUCCCUGUCUCUUGAAAGUGAGGAAGUUCAAGAUUCGGUGCGGCACCAUCAUGUUAAUACAUAUUUAUGACAUCAGUGAC